AUGAAACCAUCUAAACUGCAAGAUCAUCUGAGAAGAUGCCACCCUGACAAAACAGAGAAAUAUUUGCAAUACUUUCAAACACCCAAAGACAAAUUUCAGAAGAGACCUACACUGGACAGAAUGUUCGCUUCGACGUCACAAAGCAAUGAUGAUGGUUUGCGGGCGUCCUACAAUAUCUCGUUACUUAUAGCAAAAUCCGGAAAACCGCAUACUAUCGGAGAGAAGUUAAUUUUGCCAGCUGUUGAAGAGGUUUUAAAAACUGUUUUACACAAACCUGCAUCUGAUAUCAUUAAAAGAAUUCCAUUUUUUACUAUAAACAAUACUGUCAAUAUCGUAUUUACAGGGGAGCGAACUUCUCCUCCUAGACCCCCAUGCCUGCCACCCCUCCCUGAUGUAGAAUCACCCGGGGAGAGAUAA